AUGGACAUUGGAUUACCGCACAACAUUCCUCCAGUAACAGGAACACUGCUGUUAUUGGCAGUGACCUCCGUUGUGCUGGUCUCCUUUGGUCUCGUCCAUCCACUGCAACUGGUGUUUAGUUCUACCCUUACUUUUCAGGAAAGACAAUAUUGGAGGUUAAUAACAACCUUUUUCUACUUUGGACGAGUAAACCUUGAAAGUAUAAUCGAGUUUCACUGGCUUUACUUGGUAAGUAGUAGCAUUGAGCAACAGUACUUUCGGCUGAGAAAAUUGGAUUACUGCUUUACCAUUCUCACAGGAAUGCUUCUUCUACUUGGUGUUCGAACUCUUGGUAUUAUUGACUCUCCAUACCUUAGUUUCGUAUUCUGCAGAUCGUUGACGUACCUCUUUUGUCGUCUCUUUCCUGAACAGGAGGUAGGUUUAUUUGGACUUUUAAUGUUGCGAGUGCGGCUCCUUCCAAUAGUUUUUCUUGUCAUAGGGACCAUUCUUGAUGAUAUGCGGGGAAUAAAAGCAGACAUAGUAGCAAAUUUGGUGGGUCAUAUAUUAUGGUAUCUCCUUGAAAUCUUUCCACGCAUCACGAAAUUGCACCCAUUACGAUUGCAACAUUACUUUUUCUGA